AUGGCCCGACUAGAAGUCAAGUGCAAGUUCUCCGAACUGAAGGCAGGACAGGGAACAGUUACAGCUCUGCUAACGUAUUUAGAAACUGCCGAGCAAAGCAAGAGGAAGAAGAACACCAAAUCCAUGGUGCAAGGAAGUAACCGACAACAGGCUGGAUCCUUAUCAGCUGACAGAGGGGGACCUCAGAGCUCUACUUCUACCAACUCUGAAGUGGAGCUUGACAAAGUCAAGUCCAAGGAGAAUAAAACACAGGGUAAGGCAUGCCCUCAAGAAAAACAGCCAGAAGAAGAGAUACCAAAAGUACCAAUGGGACCAGGACCAUAUUUUUAUAUCAGUGGAUCUAAUGGAGCUGGGCUUGUGAGCAUCUAUUGCCAGAGCAGAGGCUGGCAGCGUAUCUAUGACAACAGAAGAGAGGAUUACGCACUGAAAUGGUGUGAAAUCAAGUGCCGAGAGACCUAUUACCAUUUCAAAGAAGGUGAACAGCUUCUCUAUCAGAUUCCCAACAACGGAGUCCUCACCAGUAAGAUAGGGCUUUUAUGCUGCCUGAGAGAGCAAGAGCGGGUGAUGAAAAAGAUCAGUAGGAGCUCUAAUUCCAAGUUACUGAAGAUGGAAGAAUUCUUCCCAGAAUCUUUUCGCCUGGACUUAAAAGAUGAGAGAAAUGCCUUUUUUGAGCUUUGCAAAGAAGAACAGAUUUGGAUCUGCAAACCAAGUUGCUCUAACCAAGGGCGAGGAAUUUUCCUGCUUAAAAAUCCAGCCGCUGUCAACACCCUUCAAGCCAAGCUCCACAGCACUGAGGAAAACUUACUCAAUAAGAAGGUGCCAUACAAGGCUCCCCAGGCAAGAAUAGUGCAAAGGUAUAUUCACCAACCUCUGCUCCUGGAAGGGAAGAAGUUUGAUGUCCGGUCUUACCUCCUCAUUGCCUGCACAGCACCAUACGUGGUGUUUUUUGCCCAGGGUUAUGUCCGGUUGACCUGUGUCAAUUAUGAUGCCGCUUCUGAUGAUCUGACUGUUCAUCUGACCAAUCAGUACAUGCAGAAGAAGAACUCCCGGUACAGCCAGUUGAAAGAUGAGACAGUUUGGCGGAUGGAGCACUUCAACAGCCACGUUAAUGAGAAGUUCAGAAAAACCAAUGGCCUCCCCAAAGACUGGGUUUUCACUGUGUUUACUAAAAGGAUGCAGCAGAUCAUGUUGCAGUGCUUCCUGGCAGCCAAGCACAAACUGGAUCGCAAACUGGGCUACUUUGAUCUCAUCGGCUGUGACUUUUUAAUUGAUGAAAACUUUAAGGUCUGGCUUCUGGAGAUGAAUGCAAACCCAGCAUUGCAUACCAACUGCAAAGUCUUGAGAGACAUCAUCCCAACUGUAGUCUACGAGAGUCUUGAUUUGGUUCUCGAGGUUUUCAACAAGUGCCUCAAAGGCCAGAGGGUUUUGCCUUUAGACACACUCUGCCAUUUUGUGCUUCUCUAUCACGAGGAUGCUGCAGACCUUGGCCAGAAACAACCCUGGAAGCUCAGAACUGGCCUGUGUACAGGCCGCUUUCUGCGGCCACAAACAGGCAGUACCAGCCGCUUCGGUCAGAGCCCUGCCAAAGUGCUGGAGAAGUCUUCCAAGAAGCUCGGUUGCUCUAGAAAAAAGGUUGCCUUGCUGUCCAGAAAGAAUUGUCAACAAUUGUCCUAA